AUGGUGCGGGCCGUCACGCCGGCGAUGCAGGAACAGGGGAAGGGAGCGAUCGUCAACGUGUCGUCCGGCUCGGGCUUCAGCGGCUCCGGCAGUUCGAUUGCCUACGCGGCAUCCAAGGCGGCUCUGAACGUCAUGACCUACUCGCUGGCCCGCGCCCUGGCUCCGGAGAUCCGGGUCAACGCGGUAUGCCCCGGCGUGAUGCAGACCCGCUGGUGGCGCGAGGGUUUGGGCGAGGAAAACUACCAGGGCUUCAUCGAUCGCUACGCCGCGUCCGCGCCGCUGGGAUCGGCCGGCACUCCGGAAACCGUGUCGGAGCCGGUGGUCUGGCUGCUGGAGGGCGCGGAGCACGUGACUGGGGAGACCAUCCUGGUGGACGCGGGCAGCCAUCUGGGGCCGGCCCCGACGCGGCAGCGCUGA